AGUAGUGUAUUGAUUGUUUUACGGAUUUCCGGCGCCUGGUUCAUCAAACCUUGUGUUCAUUUUUUUUUCAUACUUCCCUUCUCUCGCACAGAUGGAGCAGGUCCACAGAAAUGUACCUUACGUAAACAUAAACCGAAUCGGAAACCGCGUACCCCAUUCACCACACAACAAUUGGUUGCGUUAGAACGAAAAUUUCGCCAGAAACAAUACCUAUCGAUUGCAGAACGCGCAGAAUUCUCGAACAACCUAACUUUGACAGAAACCCAGGUGAAAAUUUGGUUCCAAAAUCGCCGAGCGAAGGCAAAACGGUUGCAAGAAAUUGAGAGUGGCAAAUAUCAAACUUUCUACUCUUUUUCUGAACAAAUUAUCACAAAUGUAUCAGUUAUUUUAUCCAUAUAUACUCCCGCCGUUAGUUACAUUGGUCUUCAUCUAUAUGGUACAUGGAUCACGGUUUCUGAUGAAAUUGGCUUGCCUUCGAACGAAUAA